UCAAAUAUUUUCUGUCUUGUUUCAACUUUCAAGGCCCUUACCCCACCAUUCUGACGAAUCCGUUAUCAGCAAAAGACAACUUUCAACUUCUUCAACCUCAGCCUCAACCUUUUUCAACUACAUGUAUGAACUUCAUCUUCUUUCUUUCGAAGCUCACCCCCUGUUAAAACCAUGUCGUGUCUUGAAGAAGAGAACCCUAAGGAAAACUCUAGCUCCAACACCUCUUUGAAGAAGAGGAGUCCCACCUGGUCAAAUAUCUUGUUCAAAAGCACCAGACCCCUGAAACAUGCUGUCUUUACUAUGAAGUUUCAGCAAUCUCUAUCUACACCCAACUCUAAACUUUCCAACAAGGAAAAAACCCCACUUUCUAAUUUCUCUAAAAUUGACCGUACCCUUUUGUUAUCUGAUGAUAUUCUUCUCAGAAUCCUCUCAAAACUUCCCCUUUCGCAGCGUAAUGCUAACUUCCUUGUUUGCAAACGCUGGCUGAAUCUUCAGGGUCGGCUUGUACGCUCACUUAGAGUGUUGGAUUGGGACUUUCUUGAAUCCGGUAGGUUGUUUUUAAGAUUCCCAAAUUUGACCAAUGUUGAUUUGAUAAAUGCGUCUAUUGUUUCGCCUAGAAAUUCGGAUAUUUUGUUGAGUCAUAAGUUGCUCUCUUUCCAUGUUGAUUCUGGGGUUUCAAGGUUUUAUGAGAAUCACAUGCUGUUACCUGUUGAAAUGAUUGAUAAAGGGCUAGCAAAUCUUGCUAGCGGGUGCCCGAAUUUGCGUAGGCUUGUGGUGAUUGGAGCAAGUAAAUUUGGGUUGUUGAGUGUAGCCGAGGAAUGUUUGACUUUGCAGGAACUGGAGCUGCAUAAGUGUAGUGAUAAUGUGCUGCGUGGGAUUGUAGCCUGUGAGAAUUUGCAAAUCUUAAAAUUGGUUGGAAAUUUGGAUGGAGUUUACAGCUCAUUGGUUUCGGAUAUUGGGUUGACAAUUUUGGCUCAGGGGUGUAAGAGAUUGGUUAAGCUUGAGCUUAGUCAUUGCGAGGGUAGUUUUGAUGGGAUAAAAGCAAUUGGGCAGUGUUGUCAAAUGCUUGAGGAAUUGACGUUUGUUGAUCAUGGGAUGGAUGGUGGGUGGCUGGCCGCACUUUGGUAUUGUGAGAAUUUGAAGACCUUGAGGUUUGUGUCAUGUAAAAGGAUUGAUCCUAGUCCAGGGCCAGAUGAGUACUUGGGUCACUGCCCUGUGCUUGAACGGUUGCAUUUGCAAAAGUGUCAGUUGAGAGAUAAGAAGAGUGUGGGAGCGCUGUUUAGGGUGUGUGAAGCUGUUAGGGAAGUUAUGUUUCAGGAUUGUUGGGGAUUGGAUAAUGAUAUCUUCAGGCUCACAAAUGUUUUCAGGAGGGUGGAGGUUUUAUCUUUAGAAGGAUGCUCACUGCUAACAACUGAAGGCCUGGAACAUGUGAUUCUUUCCUGGACGGAGCUCAAAAAUCUGAGUUUGAUGUCAUGUAAGAACAUAAAGGAUGGUGAAGUGUCUCCUGCACUUUUAACCUUGUUCUCUACCCUUAAAGAGCUGAAAUGGAGACCAGACACCAAAUCUCUUCUGGCUUCAAGUCUUAUGAGAACUGGCAUGGGAAGAAAAGGUGGUAAGUUCUUCAAAAAGUCAUAAUGCCUUAAAAGAUUAGAUUCUGCUUUUUUUUCACAACCGUGACUAUCGUCAAGCAGUCUUACUCUGCAGAAUUGUAUCAAUCGAUUGUAAUCACUCGUAUAUGAGGCAGUUAUCAUUCAUGUUGACAGAGGUAAAAUUUUCCCUCGCCUCCCCCUUGUCGAUAUGGAUAUGCCACAGGGUGUUAGGUGUUAUGCUGUUGGCUCUAAUACUUAACAUGUACUUAUAUCUAAGACUCUGAUUAUAAUGUAGUAUUUGUUUAGAGUUAAUAUCAGACUGUAAAAUCUAAUUGUACUACACCAUCGGAACUCAAUUUAUAUAUGCUAUUCCAUGUCAAUAGUUACACAUCAUUAUA